AGACAUACUUUCACCAAACUUGCCACAUUGCGGAUUUAUCAUUGAAGUUUUAGGUAAACAGAUGGUGACUCACACCAUGCUAGAACCCUGAGAACCCCUCUUCAUGAUCACCGACAUGUGGUCAUCGUCAAUAACAAAUCACACCCCAAUUUAAAACUGGAAUCCAUUUGAUUCUCUCCUUGGUUUUCUUAAAUUACACUCCAGUAUACGUUCAUUGAUCAUCAACAUCAUCGUUGUUAUCGCCACCCGCAAUCAGAAUCAGAUCCACCACCAAAUCCUUCUCCACUCACUCAGACUCCCUCAGUUCGAUCCUGGUAUCUCCUGAAAUGAGGAGGCCUGGAGAAGGAAUGAUGUUAAAGAGACCGUAUUAUAAUCGACACCAGCUGAAACAAGUUAAGGGAUUGUUCGGCAGAUUCACGAUUGUGGCUUUUCUGAUUGUUAUUUUAAUCAUCUACUUCAUCGUCAUCUCCACCAGCAAGACCAAUUACUUAUCGCCAGAAUCCCCAUCUGAGAUUAAUGUGCAGAAACUAUGGAAUCCUGCUGAUUCUGGUGGUUGGAAACCAUCAUCCACUCCUAGAUCUAAUUGGCCUCCUCCUCCAAAUGAAACCAAUGGGUUUCUUCGUGUUCGUUGCAAUGGUGGUUUAAAUCAGCAAAGAACUGCAAUUUGUAAUGCAGUACUUGCUGCAAGAAUUAUGAAUGCCACCCUUGUGUUGCCUGAGCUGGAUACGAAUUCUUAUUGGCAUGAUGACAGUGGAUUCCAAGGUCUCUAUGAUGUUGAUAUUUUUAUCAGAGCAUUGCGUUAUGAUGUGCGAAUUGUUGAAAGUAUUCCUGAAAUUCGAAAGAAUGGAAAGACAAAGAAGAUUAAAGCUUUUCAGCUUCGACCCCCUAGAGAUGCUUCUAUCACUUGGUAUACAACAACUGCUUUAGAGAAAAUGAAAGAACAUGGUGCUAUUUAUCUUACACCCUUUUCUCAUCGAUUAGCAGAAGAGAUCAAUAAUCCUGAAUAUCAACGGUUGAGAUGCAGAGUCAACUAUCAUGCCCUUAGAUUUAAGCCACAUAUCAUGCAAUUAAGUCAAUCAAUAGUUGCUAAACUUCGUUCUCAAGGUCACUUCAUGUCUAUUCAUCUUCGGUUUGAAAAGGAUAUGCUUGCAUUUGCAGGAUGUUUUGAUAUAUUUUCUCCACAUGAACAAAAAGUGUUGAUGAAAUAUCGUAAGGAAAAUUUUGCUGAAAAGAAACUUGUUUAUAGUGAAAGAAGAGCUAUUGGAAAAUGUCCUCUAACUCCUGAAGAGGUUGGUCUUGUGUUACGGGCAAUGGGAUUCGACAAUUCGACCCGAAUAUAUCUUGCAGCCGGCGAAUUAUUCGGUGGUGAUCGCUUCAUGAAGCCAUUCAGAGCCAUCUUUCCAAAACUCCAAAACCACACAACACUUGUAGACACUGACACUGACUCAUUAAAUUCAAACGACUUAUUAACCGAUAACACACAAGGCUUAAUCGGUUCAGCCGUUGACUACAUGGUCUGUCUACUUUCAGACAUUUUCAUGCCAACUUAUGAUGGCCCAAGCAACUUUGCAAACAACCUUCUUGGCCACCGCUUGUACUACGGUUUCCGCUCAAAUAUCCGGCCUGACCGGAAAAAUCUUGCACCGCUUUUUAUUAAGAGGGAGGAGGAGGGGGAGUUUGUGGGGUUUGAGGCGGCGGUUAGGCGGGUGAUGGGGCGGACGAAUAUUGGUGGGCCCCAUAAACGGGUGUCGCCGGAGAGUUUUUAUACGAAUUCUUGGCCGGAGUGUUUUUGUAGGGCGGGGGUGGUGGGAGGGGAGGAUGGGUGUCCGCCGGAGAAUAUGAUGGAGGUGUUGGAGGAGCGGUUGAUGAAUGUGAGCUCAUAGAUGUGUUGUAAUUGGUUAUUUUAGUCUUUUUGGUGUAGGAAAAUGAUGAUGAGAAGUUAUCGUGGAAAGGGUUAUGCUGACAUCUAGUAGAGAAACUAAGGUUUUUAGCAGAAAAAUAUGGAGAAAUGAUCGAUGGUUACAAAAGCUUACAGAGAAUUAAUGGAGGAGAAUAAUGGUGUUCUUUUGUUGUUUUAAAUGUGUGUGCAUUGUUGUGCUAUAUAUCAACAAGAUUACAUGAUACAAACAUUACAUAUAUUUUAGAAAGGUUUCUAUUCUACUUUUACUUUUUUUUUUCUUAUGAAUGAUAGUUACUUGUAAUUAUUAUAACGCCUAAUGAGUGAUAUUUUGAAUAUUUAAUCAA